AUGGGAAUUGAUAAAAACAGCCAUGGCAAAAAGUCUGAUAAAGAAACACAGUCUCCGCUGCUGAAGAUUUUUAAAGAAAUUAUGAUGAGAGAGGAUAAUGAUCCAGAAAAGAGAAACCUUCUUCUAGAUCAGGAAAAGAAACGGAAGCAGUACUCAGGGCCCAAGACGAAAGUCAAUCGUAGAUCUUGCGAGUCCAGCAGUUCAGAACACAGAAAGAGAAGUCCAUAUAAAACUUUAGUCGCUGAACAGAGACUAACUGAAAUACCACGGGAAUCGCAACAUGAUCCUUGUCAGGUGGAGGACCCAGGGUGUAAACCAGAACCGAUAAAGAAUGAAGAUGAUACUUGUUCUUGUGUGUCAUGCGCAUUAAGACGUAUCGUGGGUUCUGAAUACGCUUGCAUCGCGUGCCUGCUUAUCCUCUUCUCCAUUUCCAUCGUGGCAGCCUUCUGCCUCGUGUACAAGAAUGUUCCAACUGCUACAGCCACCACUCACAAGAAGUUUAUUCACACCACGGUGUCUUCCGCGGAGAAGAAGUUGGACAUUGGUGAUAGCGAGAGAUUGAAGCGGAAAAUUGACAUGAUAAAUGACAACUUGAUGAAGAAUGAACUCAGAGAAGAAGAAGCAUUUGGCAAAUCCCAUUACAAUGACAUAAGUGCAGAUCCAAUGGAUUCGCCCGGAUCACCUGAAAAUGAAUUUGUACCCAGUUUCAGUGACUUGGUAAGUGAAUGUUUUUUUUUAUCAGUACGAUAA